UACAAAAUUUUUGAAAAUGUAAUAGUCAACGAAAGUUAUACAGACUCUUUAUUACAAAUCUUUGGCCGGUUGUAUAGUUUAUACAGUUCACACAAAAAUGUCCUUCUCAAAGUGAAGGAAUACUUGGAGGUGUAUUCAUUAAACGUUUGUUAUUUACAUUAUUUAAUGAUUCACACAUUACUAUUUUUGAAGAAUUUUAUUGAAAAAUAUUUCAAAGUACUUUCCAUGGACCAGAGAAAGGGGAGGAAAAUGAAAGUAUGGACCCAUACCAUCGAUCUUGCGGAACGCGGUGGAAAGUCGCUGUGUGCUUUCACAAGUGCUUCAUCUUUUGUGGGCGAGCAACUGUGGGAGUAAGGAAGAAAUCGAUGUCAACUUCUCACGAUCUCCGGUCGCCCAUCUGAGACAAGCAUCUCCUUCAAAUGUACACGUGGCUGAUUGUCAACACCUUUAUCUUCCGAUAUUGUUAUAAUACAAAGAAUCAAAUACUAAAAGAAAUCUAAACCAAUUGAUUUCAAAAUGUUCCUUUCUACAGUCGUGGUCGACUAGCCCAAAUAAGGUCAAUCAAACCGCAAACCACCUUUAUAUCAAUUGUAUAUUAUAUGAAUGAACUGAACGCCAAAACAUGUAAAAGAAAAAAAUACUCCUAAGAGAAUAACUUUAAAAAAUGAAAUGAUCGCUAUUGGAAAUAUCGAUGAAAAAUACGUUUCUGCUUAGAUGCGAAGAAAAGAAUGCAAUAAAUUAUUCGCUUGUUUCAUCGUAACCAUUUAUAGAUGUAAAGAGAAUGAUAAUUGUACAUGCUUUACCUCUAAUAUGUCGUGUGCGUUACGCAUGGAGCAAAUUCUUUUCGUGUUCCUUUACGAGUUUUGUACCAACCGUGAAGAUCAAAAGCGUAACUGCUUUACCUGAAGGAGCCUUGAACUUGAAAGCGUCUUCAAGUGGUAAAUUGUAAAUGAAGAUACCUCAAGUAAAAUAAAUGAGAC